UUAGCGUGUAGAAUAAAUAUCCUUCAUUUGUUGCAAAUAACCAAAAAGUUUGCACCUUUGUGUUUUGUUGUCUUGUUUCUUUCACAAAACAAAACACAGAAAAGAACAACAAUGGUGAAGCUUUUCUGGGUUACCAUUGUAAUAGGACUUGUUUUCAUCAAAUGGGUUGAUGCAUAUCACAUCAAUGAAACUGAACUCUCUAUCUUAGAAGCUCAUGAAGGUUAUUCUUUUUCCAACCUUGUGAAUCAGCCUCGCAUGGUGGGAAUCACCCUUAUUCAAUCUGCUGCUGCUAAAGGAGCUGUUUGCUUGGAUGGAACAUUGCCUGCUUAUCAUUUGGACCGCGGAUACGGAUCGGGAGCAAACAGCUGGCUUGUUAAUUUAGAGGGAGGUGGAUGGUGUAAUAACGUUAGAACAUGCGUCUAUCGCAAGACAACAAGGCGUGGAUCAUCAAAUUUCAUGGAGAAGGCGAUACCUUUUACGGGAAUAAUGAGCAAUAAUGCUCAACAGAAUCCAGAUUUUUUUAACUGGAAUAGAGUGAAAAUUCGUUACUGCGAUGGUGCCUCUUUUACCGGUGAUAGUGAAGAUAGGGCCGCGCGACUGCACUUCAGAGGACAACGCAUUUGGUUGGCUGCAAUCGAAGAAUUGAUGUCAAAAGGAAUGCGUUUUGCCAAGCAGGCUCUUCUUUCUGGAUGCUCGGCUGGUGGUCUAGCUACUAUUUUACACUGCGAUGAAUUUCGAGCUCUACUCCCGAGGACUACCAGAGUGAAGUGUCUUAGCGAUGCUGGUUUAUUUCUUAACGUCGUUGAUGUAGCUGGCGGGCGUACCCUCGGGAAUUUUUUCAAUGGUGUUGUAACCCUACAGGGUGCACAGAAGAAUCUUCCACGCGCUUGUGCUAAUCAUCUUGAUCCUGCCUCGUGCUUCUUUCCUGAAAAUGUGAUUUCCGGUAUCAGAACUCCGCUAUUCAUUCUUAAUACAGCCUAUGACUCAUGGCAGAUCCAAUCAAGCUUAGCUCCUCCAGCAGACGAUCCCCGCGGUUAUUGGCAUGAUUGCCGAUUAAACCAUGCUAAAUGUACCGGUUCACAAAUGCAGUUUCUUCAAGGAUUCAGGAAUCACAUGCUGAAUGUUGUUAGAGGGUUCUCAAGAUCAAAUCAAAAUGGAUUGUUCAUAAAUUCAUGCUUUGCUCACUGCCAAUCUGAGAGACCAGACACAUGGUUUGCUGACAACUCUCCUGUCAUUGGAAACAAGGCAAUUGCUCUGGCCGUCGGAGACUGGUAUUUUGAUCGAGCCGCUGUUAAGGACAUUGACUGUCCUUACCCUUGUGAUAACACAUGCCACCAUCUAGUUUUCAGAUGAGUCGAAUUUUGUCGGGUCUCACUCAUCUGCAACUUGAAAAUAUGCUAUAGACUACUUCCAUGAUUGGUAAUUAGGGAAAGAAAUUUUUAUGUAUAGAUCAAUUUGUUGGGAAUGCUAAGGCAAUUCCUUUUUGAUUUUUACAAAGCUUGGGAAGGGUUAUAGACUACAAUAAUUUAUAUACAUUGUAAUAAGGUGAACAUUUACAUUGAACUGAGGUUGUCUCAUAUGAUGUUUCCCUUUUAUUUGGAAUCAAAUAAAAAGGUUCCUCAUUGAUGAUACAAUUCAGAUAUUCUUUCAAGUGAAUUUGUUUUGAUUGUUAUUGCUAUUGAUUAGUGAGUUUAUUUGA